CUGGUUGGUUCUGCUGGGUCCCGCUGGGCUCCUGGUGCUGACGUGGUUCCGGCGGCGCCGUCCCGUCCCCGCAGUUUUCGCUCAGCCCAUCGUCAGCAAGGCGAAGCCGGAGCUGCUGCGCACGCACUUCAUCCCCACCAUGGAGAAGCUGAAGAAGCGGGCCGGGAAGGUGGUGUCGGAGGAGGAGCAGCUGCGCAUGGAGGCCAAGGCGGAGGCCGAGGACGCGGAGCUGCUCAUCCGCGACGAGUUCUCCGUGCUCUGCCGCGACCUCUACGCCCUCUACCCGCUGCUCAUCCGCUACGUCGACAACAACCGGGCCAAGUGGCUGACGGAGCCCAACGCGGACGCGGAGGAGCUGUUCCGGAUGGUGGGGGAGGUCUUCAUCUACUGGUCCAAAUCCCAC